UUCUCUUGGGGUCGCCCGAAAAUAAAAUAUAAAAAAACCAAAAUUCUCUUCGAAUUUCUAAAUUAUCGUUGGAUUCUAAUCCAAAAAAGGUUUUUUUUCCCGGUUUUUUUGAAUAUAUUUAUCAACCAUGUCGGAAGUAGCCAACGUGGAUCCGGAAGGGAUCGACGCUGUGCGGAUGACGUGGAACGUUUGGCCGCGCACCAAAGUGGAAGCCAGCAAGUGCGUGCUGCCGUUGGCGUGUACCAUCUCUCCGAUCCGCUCGCAUCCGGACAUCCCCACGCUCCCUUACGCGCCUCUUAGGUGCAAGACGUGUACAGCUUUGUUGAACGCCUUCGCGCGCGUUGACUUCACCGCCAAGAUCUGGAUCUGCCCUUUCUGUUACCAGCGCAACCAUUUCCCGCCUCACUACGCCAUGAUAUCCGAGACGAAUCUCCCCUGCGAACUCUACCCGCAGUACACCACCGUGCAGUACACGCUCUACCCGGAUCCGAACAACCCUGCCAAUGCUUCUCAGUUGCCGCCGGUGUUUGUAUUCGUGUUGGACACUUGCAUGAUCGAGGAAGAGCUUGGCUUUGCCAAAUCGGCGAUGAAGCAGGCGAUUGACUUGUUACCGGAAAACUCGCUCGUUGGGUUUGUUUCGUUUGGGACUCAAGCUCAUGUACAUGAAUUGGGGUUCUCGGAUAUGUCGAAGGUCUAUAUUUUCAGGGGUAGUAAGGAGGUUUCCAAGGAGCAGGUGUUGGAGCAGUUGGGGCUUGGUGCUGCGAGGCGGCGGCCGACUCCCGGGUAUCCGAAGGGCUACACAGAUACUGGAGUCAAUAGGUUCUUAUUGCCUGCUUCCGAUUGCGAGUUCACACUGAAUUCGUUGCUGGAUGAGUUACAAACGGAUCAAUGGCCUGUAAAAGCGGGGCAGAGAGCGUCAAGGUGCACUGGAGUGGCCUUGAGUGUUGCAGCUGGAUUGUUGGGAGCCUGUUUGCCUGGUACUGGUGCUCGGAUUGUUGCUUUGGUUGGUGGUCCAUGUACAGAAGGUCCUGGGACGAUUGUAUCUAAAGAUAUGUCGGACCCUGUACGUUCCCAUAAAGAUCUUGAUAAGGAUGCUGUACCUUAUUUUAAGAAAGCUGUCAAAUUUUAUGAUAGUUUUGCUAAACAGCUGGUCAGCCAGGGUCAUGUUCUCGACCUUUUUGCAUCUGCACUUGAUCAGGUUGGGGUUGCUGAAAUGAAAGUUGCCGUCGAAAGAACAGGUGGCCUUGUUGUUCUAGCAGAAAGUUUUGGUCAUUCUGUAUUCAAAGACUCUUUCAAGCGUGUGUUUGAGGAUGGGGAACAGCCUCUUGGUCUAUGUUUUAAUGGCACCCUUGAGAUCAACUGUUCUAAAGACAUCAAGAUUCAGGGGGUUAUUGGGCCUUGCUCGUCUUUGGAGAAGAAAGGGCCUAAUGUUGCUGAUACUUUCAUUGGAGAAGGAAACACUACAGCAUGGAAGAUGUGUGGUCUUGACAAGAGUACUUGCUUGACGGUUUUAUUUGAUCUUUCAUCAACUGACCGAUCAAAUGUUCCCGCAAUAGCAAAUUCGCAGCUCCAUUUGCAGUUUCUUACAAGCUAUCAAGACCCUGAGGGUAAAACAAUGCUCCGAGUUACUACUGUGACUAGACAAUGGGUAGACAGUGCUGCUAGUUCAGAGGAAUUAAUACAAGGUUUUGAUCAAGAGACUGCGGCUGUUGUAAUGGCAAGAAUAACUUCCCUGAAAAUGGAGACGGAGGAGGGGUUUGAUGCUACAAGGUGGCUAGACCGGAAUCUCAUCCGAUUUUGUUCUAAAUUUGGCGACUACCGAAAGGAUGAUCCAUCAUCUUUUACAUUAAACCCUUGUUUUUCUUUGUUUCCUCAGUUUAUGUUUAAUCUGCGGCGGUCACAAUUUGUACAGGUUUUUAACAACAGUCCAGAUGAAACCGCCUAUUUUCGCAUGUUAUUAAACAGGGAAAAUAUUACAAAUGCUGCUGUCAUGAUUCAACCAUCGUUAAUAUCAUAUUCAUUUAACUCGCUACCGCAUCCAGCAUUAUUGGACGUGGCUUCCAUUUCUGCUGAUCGUAUUCUGUUGCUGGAUUCAUAUUUUAGUAUUGUAAUUUUCCAUGGCAUGACAAUAGCACAGUGGCGCAACAUGGGUUACCAGAACCAGCCUGAACAUCAGGCAUUUGCUCAACUUUUGCAAGCACCUCAUACGGAUGCACAAAUGAUCAUUAGGGAACGCUUCCCUGUCCCUAGAUUGGUUGUUUGUGAUCAGCAUGGAUCCCAGGCAAGAUUUUUAUUGGCAAAGUUAAACCCAUCAGCAACAUACAAUAAUGCCAAUGAUAUGGCUGCCGGCUCAGAUGUGAUCUUCACUGAUGAUGUAAGCUUACAAGUCUUCUUUGAGCAUCUCCAGAAGUUGGCUGUACAAUCUUAAUUAUAGAAAAUAGUCUUAAAGACUUGGCGGUCUUGUUUUGGUAUGAAAAUUCAAACGAUGUGAGUUUUGUAUCUUGUCUUACAUCCUCUCUUCCAUUCGGUUCCUUUACCUUUCUCUCCAUAAAUUUUAUGAACGAGACAUCGAACACAUCACGAUCUUUGGAAGAAAACAUCAAGGAUAAAGAUAGAAUCAUAUCAUUCCUUUGAGGAUUUGGCUGGAACUUAUCGAGGGAAUAAGCAAGGCAUCAAAGAGGUCAGUUUGAGUUGUUUUUCUUUUAGAUUUACAGGGAAAGGAAGGUACUGGUGAGAAUGUAUUCAAAUAGGAACAUAUUUGGAUAGAACAUUUUUUUCUUUUUUUUUCUUUUUGGGAUAUUGAAUCAGAAGAGUGGAUGUGUAUUUGUGUACUGAAUCUAAAAUGUCGUAUAUAGUGUGUGAUUGGGGUUUAAAGACUCCUUUAGGUUGAGAAGUUGAUAUGGACAUGGAAAUUCCAAUG